GAGCGGGCGGACAUGCUCAACCUGCUCAUCAAGCUCAAGAACGAGGGCUUCGUGCCGCCGGACGCACACGGCGAGCACGCCGACAAGGGCAACGGCCCGACCAACGGAGUCUCAAAAGAGAGCCGAACGAAACUAACGCAGAAGGAAAUCGCCGCCCAAGUCUUCGUCUUCUUCCUCGCGGGCUUCGAGACCACCUCCACCACGACCUCCUUCGCGCUCUUCGAGCUGGCCAAGCACCCCGACGUUCAGGAGAAGGUCCUCCAGGAAAUCGACGCCACCCUCAGGAAGUACAACGGCCAGGUGACUUACGAGGCCAUCAUGGAUAUGCCGUACAUGGAAAUGGUUGUCCAAGAGACCCUGCGCAUGUACCCGGCGGUGCCGUUCCUCACCCGGGAGGCCAUGGUGCGGCGCCAGCUGCCGCUCACGGACGUGCUGCUGGACAAGGGCACCCGCCUCAUGAUCCCCGUCAACGCCCUGCACUACGACCCGCAGUACUGGGACCAGCCCAAGCGCUUCGACCCGCUCCGCUUCACGGAGGAGGCCAAGAAGGCCAGGACCGGCAUGGUUUACAUGCCGUUCGGCGACGGACCCAGGAUCUGCAUCGGAAUGCGCCUGGGGCUCGUCCAGGUCAAGAUGGCCCUCAUCACCAUCCUGUCCCGCGCCAAGGUGUCCUUGCCGGCCGACAUGCCAAAGGAGGCCAGGAUGAACCCUCGCUGCAUCAUUCCCACCCCCAUCGACGGCAUCCGGCUCAACGUCUCGGCGCGCUAGAGUCCACAUUUUCGUGAAAUGAACGCUAAACGUUAGUUCUUAAUAAUAAUAAGCGUAGCUGAAAGAAAUUUCCUUUGUAAAUAGGCUUUGUUUUCCACUACUUGAAAUUGGGAAAAGAAGUGUGUUGAACCACUAUUGACACGAUUUUGAAAGUUCAGAAUCAUGAUAUCAUUUCGAUAUCGGUGUGGCACUGCGGAAUUCUACAAAAAAUCAUUCGCAGACGGUCGCAGGUCUCCGAGUGACAAAACAUAUUUGUAAAUAAUUACUUAAAUUGUAGUGUACUAUCUCAAGAAUUUUUUAACGUUCCUUAAACAAAACAUCGUGUCAUCUAGUCAUUUCGAGAAGGGAAAAAAGUGGUCUGUUUUCGUUUUUUUACUUUUGUUGAUUUUUUCCCAGUUAUGUUUCAAAGGUGAUAUUGUGAAAGUAUGUUGUGUGUGUACACCUGGCUGAUUCUCCCCGCCAGGCAAGCCCGCCCGUACUAGUGAUUAGUGAUAAGUCGAAAUGAUAUCGAAACAAUGUGUAAACGAUCAAAAACGUGACGGAACGAUAUGCCGUUUCGAUAUCGUUUCGAUUUCUCACAAGGACGAGUGUGGUGCGGUGCAGUCACUCUACGACUGUUGACGGGGAGAACUAACCACCCAGCAUAUUAAACUAUACUAUACGAGUGUAUACGAUUGUUGUACAUAAAAUUGUUGUUUUUAUAGAAGAAUUAAAAGAAAAAAAAUGAUCUA